CCAUCAUUCUAAGAAUAGACCAAUCUGAUUCAAGCUCAAGUAUUGGGCCCCGAAGACGGUGGUGGAAGUGGAACCAACAAAAUAUUGUAAUGGAGUUUUAGUCUGGGUUUCACUGUCACCAAGCAAACGGCACAGAGUGGGUUCGGUGACGUGUUAUCAGGUAGGGGGGCCGGGGAUCGGGAGUGGACUUACUUGUCGAUUAUCAAUCUAUAGUUAAGAGAGGGUGAACCGCCGGCCAGCCAACCAUUGGCCCUGGAGCAAAGGCGCAAUGCAAAAGGGAACCCAACAACAAAAAAGUCUGUGGGGGAAUGCACUGAUAAACAAUGGAGUUUGUCGGCUAGGUAAAGCACGGCGAGGGGUAUCACCCCCCAGCUUGAUUCCGUAGAUGAGGCGAAGCUUUUAAGGAAGUGGAGCGGUGGGAGAGAAACGGACGAAAGUAAAGGCAGUUGUUGCGCCAACACUCCCUCUCCCACCAAACAAAAUCUCUGUUUCUCUCCCUCUCUCUGUGUCUUGAUCAUCUUCCGCAAUUCAGCAGCAGUAGCGAGGAAUUUUGCUUGAUUACAGUAAAAGGGUUCCCUUCGUUGUGGAAUUUUAUCGAACGGUUGGUGUGAUUGAAAGAGACCCCCUUUUUUCGUUUGUCUUCUUUCCAAGGGAGCAUGGUGCAUACAUGCGAACUGAAGCAACAAUAAAGAACCACCUUGGUUCACUGUAAAAAAAAUAUGUUUGUUUGCUUUUCAAUGGCAGGGAGUCAACCUCCCAUGUCUUCAAACCCUGUGUUUCCUCUUGUUCCUGCUGCUAUUCCAGCAACAUGUAGAGAAUCUGGAUCACUGCUCACCACAGAGUUCAGCAACACCAACUUGUUCGUGAGCUACGAUGACUCGAGAAGAAUACAGCGGAUAAAGAAGAUGUUUGAUGAGGCUCAACUUUCAGUGUCUGCAUACGACACCGCCUGGAUGGCAAUGGUCCCAACUCCUACUUCAUCCAUGGAAGACUCUCCUUUCUUCCCUCAAUGCGCUAGAUGGAUACUGGACAACCAGCUCAGUGAUGGCUCUUGGGGUCUCCCACUCCCUCGCCGUGAUCCAUCCUUAAUCAAGGAUGCUCUCUCCUCUACCUUGGCUUGCAUUCUAGCUCUCCAACGUUGGGGCCUUGGUGAACAACAAGUCACUAAAGGCAUCCGGUUUCUUGACUUCAAUUCUGCUUCUCUAAAGGAUCAGAAGCAGCAUGUACCUAUUGGGUUUGACAUAAUAUUCCCUGGCAUGAUUGACUAUGCAAAAGAUUUGGGAUUGAACCUUCCUUUCAAGUCAACUGAUGUAGAUGCUAUGCUAGCUAAGAGAAAUGUGGAGCUUACAAGUGGGUUCGGUAGAAAUGCAGAGGGAAGGAGAGCCUACUUGGCCUAUGUUUCAGAAGGUAUCCAACACUCACAAGACUGGGACAUGGUGAUGAAAUAUCAGAGGCAGAAUGGAUCCCUGUUCAAUUCACCUUCGACUACUGCAGUUGCUUUUUCUCAUCUUCAAGAUCCUGAUUGCCUUCGCUAUCUGUAUGCCGUCUUAGACAAAUUCGAGAAUGCAGCUCCAGCAAUAUAUCCAUUGGACAUACGCAGCCGCCUUUCAGUCAUCGACACUCUUGAUAGUCUAGGAGUUGCUCGCCACUUCACCAAUGAAAUAAAGAUGUUGCUGGACAAGACAUACCAAUGCUGGUUGCAGGGGGAUGAAGAUAUAUUUCUUGAUACAACCACAUGUGCUAUGGCUUUUAGAUUGUUGCGUGUCUAUGGAUAUGAUGUCUCUUCAGAUCGGCUAUCUCCAUUCUCAGAAGACUGUUUCUUCAAUUCAUUAGAAGGAUACUUGAAGGACAAGACAGCCGUACUGGAGUUACACAAAGCUUCUCAAAUAAUUUAUCGGGAAGAACCUAUCCUGGAAGAAAUAAGUUCUUGGACCAUGAAAUUCCUGAAACAGGAAUUCUGCAAUGGCUCAAUUUAUGUGGACCAACCUGGUGAAAGUAUCAGCACAAAGGUGCAUGAUGCUCUCUCAUAUCCCUAUCAUGUUGAUUUGGAACGCUUAGGCCAUAGGAGAAGUAUUCACCAUUAUAGUGAUAUAGAUAGCACUUGGACCUUGAAGACCUAUUGUUGUCCAAACAUUGGGAACAAGGAUGUCCUUAAACUGGCAGCCGAUGACUUCAACCUCUGCCAGUCGAUACAGAAGAAAGAACUUAAGCAGCUAGGAAGGUGGAUUAUUGAAAAUAAGUUGGACAAGCUAUCAUUUGCGAGGCAGAAGUUAGGCUAUUGCUACUUCUCGGCUGCUGCAACUCUCUAUGCACCUGAAUUAUCUGAUGCUCGCUUCUCGUGGGCCAAAAAUGGCGUGCUUACAACAGUUGUGGAUGACUUUUUCGAUGUUGGAGGUUCCAUGGAAGAAUUAGUAAACCUUGUUCAGUUGCUUGAGAACUGGGAAGUGGAUGGAAGCACUGAUUUCUGUUCUGAGCAAGUUGAGAUCCUUUUCACAGCGAUUCGUGGCACCAUUCGUGAGAUCGGAGACAUGGCAUUGGCACGGCAAGGACGUGAUGUUACCCGUCAUAUAAACGACAUUUGGGUAGAAUUGGUGAAGUCAAUGUUGAAAGAAGCGGAGUGGUCAAAGAACAAGUGUGUGCCAACAAUGGAGGAAUACAUGAAGAACGCACGUGUAUCAUUCGCAUUAGGCCCGAUUGUUCUUCCAGCUCUUUACUUAGUAGGGCCAAAACUCUCGGAGGAGAUGGUGAGUAGUGCAGAGUAUAAGAAUCUGUAUGAAGGGAUGAGCACUUGUGGUCGCUUGCUCAAUGACUGGAGAGGAUGCUCGAGGGAUUCGGAGCAGGGGACGGUGAAUGCAGUGUCAUUGUUGCUGCUUGAAGGCGGCCGGACCUUGGAUGACGCCGUGGAAGAGGUGAGGGAAGCAAUCGAGAAGGAGAGGAAGCAAUUGUUGAGGUUGGUGUUGUUGGAGAAGGAGGAGAAGGGAAUGCCAAAAUGCUGCAAGCAAUUGUUUUGGAACAUGGCAAAGGUGCUUCACCUUUUCUACAUGAAGGAUGAUGGAUUCACUAAUGAGGAUAUCGUCAAUGUAGCCAAAUCUAUCGUUAAUGAACCCAUCCACCUUGCUCCUUAAUGAUAUGCAAUUCGCCCGCGUCCAAAAUGGUGAUUUCUGAGUGCAGUUUUAAAAGAAAGAAGCUCUACUCUAAUGGGAGUGGAAUCGGGUCGCCAAGCAAUUUUGCUUUGUGACAUAAUUGAUCCACUUAUAGAUGGAAAAAGUGGUAACCAACUAGAUGAGAUUGUAAGAGUAUUUAUAGGUAGUCACAAUUUUGGAUCUUUCAAAGUUGGGGAGUGUUUAUUAGUUGAGAGAUCAUCAAAUUUGCCAUUGUCGUCCGAAUAGUGAUUGGUGUUGCGGCUCAUAUGCGGGAAAAGAGAUUUCCGGCCGAGAAAUCGCAUGGCCAGAGGCAGCGUAGUCGUCUG